UUCGGAGCGGCGGCACGGUCGUUCAAUAUGCUUUUAUAUGGGCGUGCCCGGCAGGCAACGUAAGGAGGACUGCAGCAUUCAAAACUCAAAAGCCGCGGCAUCUCCUACCGAAGGGAGGUGGGCGGUCAUUCGGUUCAUGGAAUUUGUUUUUACAAGACUGCAACUUUCCCCUUGCCUGUACUUUUAAAGACUGGGAGUGGGUGACCUCUCCAGCCAAGGCCUAUCGGUGCUGUGCUGCAGUGGAACUAGAGAUUCAGCAUUUAUAACUAGUCUUUGAGCCAUGGCUGCUCACAAUCCAAUAAAGCAGCUCCAGGAGGAAGCAACAUGUGGCAUUUGCUUAGGGUAUUUUGUAGACCCAGUCAGUCUAGACUGUGGGCACUACUUCUGCUCCCUCUGCCUUAUCCGAAACUGGGCAGGAGCUUUGGUUAACGUGGACUGCCCUCAGUGCAGAAGCAAAACCUGCUCAGUCAAUUUCGAACAAGACAUGGCCAUGACCCACAUUACAGAAUCAACUAGACAGCUGUGUGAUCCAUCGUCAGCAGAGGCGAGAGUCUGUGAGGAGCACCAGGAGCCCUGCCAGCUCUUCUGUCUGCAGGAUCGAGUCCUCAUCUGCUCAGUUUGUGGGCAGUCUGGGGAACACCAGGUGCACCACGUGGUUUCUGCGGAGGAAGCUGCCCAAGCAUACAGGCUGCAGAUGUAUGUCUGUCUGAAAAAUCUAAUACGGGCAAGAGAAGUGGUUAUGCGUCAAAAAACACUUGCAGAAGUGGAAAUCCAGAGAGUGCUUGAUGAGAUAGAAUAUAACGACAUGUUAUCUAAGAAGGGAGUACCACCAUUUUGUGAAUUCCUGGAGGGCCAAACAAAACUUUUCCAGCAAAAGACGACAGAAGUGUGUAAUGAAAUCAUGGCGAAGAGGGAUGCGUGCAUACUUGAAAUAUCUCAAGAACUGACCUUUCUUAACAAUGCCAUUGAGGAGUUGGAGGAGAAGCAUCGACACUUUAAGACUAACUUCCUGCAGGUGGAUGGAGGCACCUUGCCAACGUACAAGGUUGAAAACUCUGAGAAACCAGUACUCGACUUUUCUGAGUUGAGGUGGAAGGUCUGGAAAUUACACGAUACAAGUCAAUAUCUGGAUGGUACUAUAAAGACAUUCAAAGAGAUGGCAGGAUUCGACUAUCCAGUUCAGGAAGUAAGUGUGACUUUGGAUCCAGCCACGGCUCAUCCCAGCCUCAUCUUGUCUGAAGAUUAUAAAAGCAUGAGAUGGGGAGAAUCUCAAGCCCUGCUGCCUGACAAUCCUGAGACUGCUGCAGAAUUUUACUGUGUGCUGGGUAGGGAGAAACUGUAUGUUGGCAGAUACUUCUGGGAAGUGGCUGUAGGAAGUGAGGAAGACUGGAUUGUGGGGGUUGCCAAAAUGGACUCUUUGAGGCAGAACCUGGCCUUCUCUGACCCUAUGGAAGGGGUCUGGGCUCUGGGGAAAUGGGCAGGUGCAUACAGAAUGAUCAAGCCCCCUAAUCACCCUCCUAUCACCCUGAGAAUGGAGCCCAAGAAUAUCAGAAUGGCUCUGAACUGUAUUAAGAAGUGGUUGUGCCUUUUUGAUGCAGAUACCAUGUACGCGCUAGCCAUGUACUCUGUGGAAGUAUCCCCCAUAAAACCCCUUCACCCCUUUUUUGGGGUAUGCAAAAAAGCCAACAUUACCCUCUUCCCAUAAAGCAGGGCAAAACUAUAAGACGUGGGUUCCCAGCCCCUAGAAUAUUCAUCUCCAAUUGCUACAGCUCUGGGAGGCUGGUGUGAAUUGGGAGGUGGGGGGAGGUCUGUAUUCAGCGAGGUUAACUGACUUGUUUAAUAAACCCUCAGCAAAUGACGAGCCUCCCAUGUAAUCAUUGAAAGAAGGCAAUCUGGGGAUGGGGUUAGAAUCCAGCUAAUUUGGAUGAUAUUUUAAACAGGAGGGCAUUUCCUUCCUACAGCUGAUCUGUAAGCAGAUCCAGCCACUCGCUUUUAAAAAGAAUCUCUUUACUCUCCAGUGUGUUACAUAUGGACAUGUUUUUAACAAGUAUGAAAUAAAAUUAUCUUCCUGCUGCA